AUGAAGGGUGAUCAAGAGGAAGGGUCGGACAGCAGUGCAGCAGCCAUCAUAAAUUCUAGAUUUCGUCAGAAACAGCUCGACCGCUUCAAGCAGAAAAUCUUCAAAGCCAGUCGCCUCAACUGUGGGUACAGUGACGAAGCGGACGAUACAGGCAAGAAAGUGCUUCUGUUCUGCUGCGCCGUUUGCCUCAUCGCGCUGCUCAUGGGUCUAUUUUUAUGGACAUCCAAUUUGAGUCAGGAGGAGGACAUCGACGGUACCGCCACGUACAAACCACCGAAGCACAAAGGUCCAGGAGGGAGCGGCGCAGCAACUACAGCUCAGGACCUCGGAACAACUGCCGCGUUAACGACUAAAAUAUACGUUACAGUUCAGCCCCACAGAUCUGAAGAGGAUUCAACCCAGAGUGUAACGGAAUCAUCAGAAAUGAACACAGCAGCAACUAUUAUAGCUACUUCCAGUUCACCUGAGCCAGCAUCAAGCACCGAGACCCCGACUAAAGCAAUCGCUACGACCCCGACUAAAGCAAUAGCAACGACCCUGACUGUGACGACAACACCGGCCACGACCAUAUCAACGUUACCACCCAUCGUUUACAGACCCCCGACCUUGUACUCUGUAGUGUGCACCGUGGACUGCAACAUCAGGAUGGUGGUCCCGCCGGACGGUGUUUGCGACUUUAUAUUUUUCGACUCUCUAUAUGUGACUUGCGGUGGCGGAGUCGGCGACGCGCAAGCGACGCCCAAGUUACAGCGCUUCUUCGACCUGGCCGCUCAAGGCAACGACACGCAGUUUGGAUGCUCCAUAGACGCAUUAAAGCUUGGCGAAUUUGUCACUGACAUCGGGAAAUCAGAUUCCCUGAAAUGGGCUCAGGAGAAACUGUGGGCAAACAACGUGUACCACUGGGGCGUCAUGAAUAUCUACCACGUUCUCCUGUUUCAAGACCCGGAUAUCGUGAAGAAAGCGCUCGAGGCCCUGAAGGCAGCGGCCCAGUUCUCCCAGCCUUCCUCAGUAAAAAGGGUGGCGUCGUAUACAUUUCUCGGAGUAUAUGCCCUAUGGCAUCUGAAACCUUGUGAAAAUAUUGGCCUCCACUCGAAAUCUGUCUUCUCACCGGACAUGAUUGUCUUGCUUGGACAUUUUUCGUACCAAGAGAAUAAGUUCAAAGGAUUCUCCUACAAAUGCUAUGUAUUUGCGCCCAAUCUGCUUAAUAUGCACGUGAAUCUGUUGUAUGCCAGUACCAAGGCCGCCCACUACUAUCAUACACUCGGAGAUGCGGCGGUCCUUGCAAAUUGUCUUCGUGAGGAUCAAGACAUCCAAAGUCCCCUUGCAAUUUCUUUUACACUAAAAGCCCGGAUGUAUCAGCCUGAAGUAAAACAGCCCAUUGACGAAACGAUGUUCUCGAAAUGCGUUCCCGGAAAUUUUUCGCAGGACGUGGAUCCCCUUGAGUUCUGCGAUCUCGCCAAGAAAGGCUACGUCAGUGGGCCGUUCUUCGAGAAUUUUGACAAAACAAUGUAUGCUUUCGUAACAACACCGGAAAGGACCACAGUCGUCUACUUCGACCGUACAGACACGCUUCGUAUAAAGACAUCAUGAGGCACAUUUUAGUGAAAUGCUUUAACGACGAUAAGUGGGACGUUUAUCCGUUAAAGUGCUUGGCUCACCCAGCUUCUAGUCUUCGACUGAUGUGCGAGCCUGUUUGUUUUGAUGAGUUGCGCGGCAGAGGUCAUGAUGCCUGUUGGAGAGAAGGCACCCCGAAACAGUCGCAGCCGCAGUUCUGAAGACAGGUUGCGCAUGCAGCAAAUUCCCAGGUGCGAAAGUGUUCUACGCCAAACGCACCUUGGCGUCGUGCAAGAGACACCCGUUGAUAUGGGACUGAUUCACUAGCAAGCUCGCAUCUCUGUUGCCACUCUCCAUCAAGCGGGAUUUUCAACUAUUUUGUGUGCUGCUCUGCGGUGUACUAGCUGCCACAUGGAUGCUGUGAAGGCUUACUUUCGAUUUGCUCGGGCGUUUAGUAGCAAAGGAUGGGCUACGUUUUGAGGGGAGGCAGUUACUUUUGUUUGUGAGAAUGUUUACCAGCCUAACCAAGUGAUACGUGCGUACUGAAAACAGCAGCACGAACAGAGGCUGACGACGCAGUAGGUAAGAGCUCACACGAGUGCAAACUCUACUAAAAGCUUACUUUUGAUUACAGAGGUAUUAAACAAACUGGUCAAUUUGACAAUGGUAAAAAUCCGUGCAUGCGUGGCAGAAACAACCACGUGCGACAAGAAAAAGAAUAUUAAUAAGCCAUGUCAUGUAGAAUAAUCGUGCGUCAAAAACGAGAACUAUCGGACAAAUCUUUCCAAAAAGCGAAAGAUUUGUCCGAUAAGUGAUACUACCCAACGUGAAAUACUCUUUUGAGAACUGCAAAUUUUUCCCCAAAAGGGCAACAGAGAUCUUGGUUAUGCAUUUGUUUCGUGUGUGAUCAAUAAAUAUUGCUUCUGGAACUCCUGAGGUGUUGAGGUAUAGAGCAGAAAGAACGAUUGUUUCAUCACAAAGACCAGAACACAAGAGGGCUUAUGGAAGCAUUAUUUAUUGAUCACGUAGAAAUAUUCAUAAGGAAGAUUUCUGUGACCCUUAGUGGGAAAGAGUUGCUGCAGUACUUCUCGUUAAUAUCAAUUACAGGACAAACCUUUCAGUUUUCAUGAGUUUGUUAGUUUUUUACGCGUAUGUUUAUACUACAGGGCGUAUUUCGGUCCUUUUUUGUUGUGCCGGGCUGUUUCUGCUGCGCAUCCAUGGCUUUUUCUUUGUGAAGUCGGCCAGUGUGUCUAAAAUCUUUGUCUUCACGAAUAAACUUCUAGUUGAGACAGCGUUCAUGUGUGUUCCUACCAUAAUUCAUCCUUGUCGUCUCUGUUUGGGUGGUUGUGAAAUAUAAAUGUACACCGAAUUGGCGAAGUCUCCAUAGAAUUGAUACAUGCAGUUAUUUGCGCUGUUUAUUUCAGGAAGAACGCUAUAGGGUCUUCUCUUUGUUAUUAAAACUGAGUACAUUUUUCUAGUUCAACUUAAAGGAGUCCCCUGAGGAAGCCAAUAAGCGUGGUGGAAACUUCUUUUGUGUGUAAGAUUUAUAAAUUUCAUCCAUUCAAGGCAUGACAUGGCACAUGCCUGAUCGUAGGUUGCAAGCAUUCGUAGUAAGAUCUACUUUUCGGUUCUCAUGACGCUUCUUUGCACUGUGCUACAUUCUUCAGGCACAUGAACCUUUUUUAUGGUCUAAAUGCAUGCGAUCUUUUUCUUUAUGUUGGAGCGAAAAUUGAGAGCUUAAAUACGCAUAUAUAUCAUUUUCCUUGUAAUUUUUUUCAACACGAGUGCUAUAGCUCCCUCCGUCUUUCAGUUACUGCUUAGUAGCAAUUUUUAUGCAAACUUUAUGUAUAAUAUGCAGCAAAAUUCUGGUGCUAUUUUAAUAACAUUUUACCUGCGAAAUUAAGGUAAUUGGUGUCUUCUAUAUGCAUUUUAUUGCGUUUUUCACUGUCUCACCAAUCUGUCUGUCGAGUCAUUGGAACGUUUUCUCAUCCUUUAUGACUAUUUUUGGGGUACUUGGUACUGAAAGUGCAGGUGACCAUUUAUUUGGCCGUUUGGAAUUGUGUUAGCCGUGUGUUACUACCAAUUUUCUGUGCUAAAUUAUUUUUUCUCUUAUCGUUCAAGGUAUUAGCCUUGCCUUACCUCUUUAUUGACUGAGGUACCACUUAAUUGCUGGGCAUAGGGAAAAAGACCCCAAAAAGGGCUCUAAUGAGCUUUGUGCAAGUCCAGAAAAAUUACCUAAAAAUGAGCUCACUAAAUUGAGCAAAUGCCACCGACAAACUCUCUGUACCCCAAAUUAACAUAAUCAAAUAGUGUACUGUUUGUUCUUCACUUGUGUCAGGGAGAUAAGCUGCAUUCAUUACACAAAAGUUUUACAAGUUUAUUUCCGAAGAAAGCAAACAUGGCUCGUGAGAAACAUAUGAUUCAGGUGUUCACCAUGCCCGACAACUUUAAAAUGAUGUCUCGUCAAUUAAGAGAUGUUCAGUGAUGUUAUUUUAUAAAACAAUCGAACAACAUGAAAAUAUAUACAUCUCGAAGCCAAAGCUCAGGCAAGUCUACUUUGGUACUUCAUUAAAUCUUAAUCGCGAUGAAAGACGUGUGCUACAGCUUGUACAUAUUUACGUGAAGUCAUUUGUUUUAAGUCUGUUAUUUCGCCUUCUCACAGUCAGCCGUAGCUCUUCCUGUGAUGUGUUAGUGUGUGAAACAUUUUAAUGUAACAUAUUCAGAUGUCUUCUGUGUAUUCACAAGCAAGCAGCUUCAAGUGUUCAUGUGUUCAAAGUUGGUUGUUACAAGGGUAUGCUUAAGUCCUGCCAUUUGAGUCUCUCUGCCUUCUAGUCAUAAACUUAAGUCGAAAGUGAAGACCACAAUGAUCGUUUUGAUUGAAUUCAUAGGCAUAGGUUUUUUUUCAGAUGUAUAUACACUGCUAGACUGCUGUAGGUACUAGCGUAUGUCUCCAGGUUCGAUUCAGUGGUGCCUUAUAUACUGUAAUAAUGUUUCACGUGAACGCAUCUCUAGUGUAAAUAAAGCAACUUCAGGUUUA